AUGACCAGCGCACUAAAAAGAUCUUAUCCGUUCGGUUCCCGGCCACCAUCUUUAGUGGAAGAAGCUAAUCAUCAAUUCAAAGUUCCUCAAAUUCCCGUACACAAAAAAAUGUCGGUGGCUUCUCCAAGUAUUAAUGUCUCUACCGAGAAUGCUUCGAAUACGUCAUCACCUUUUUCAUGUAUGUCAUCAACUAUGUCACCAUCGGUGUCAUCAUUGGUGCCAUCAUCUAUGUCAUCAUGGAGAUUAAACAAUAAUAAGGCAUCAGUAAGGCAGGAUACUUCUAUUAGUUCUAUUAUUGUUCCAGAUAAUAAUGAUCCGGUGACACAGAUUAAUGUUGAAAAAAGUCCUUUACCAAGUCCACCUUCAUCAAAAGGUAGAAGAAAUAUGAAAAAUUUGCAAUUGGUCGUUCCACCAGUUCGUUCGGCUAUUUCAGCACCCAGUUCUCCACAAUUACCGCAAAUGUCUUCAACUCAUACUCAUAACAGACGUCCUUCAACUCCUAUAUGCAUCUUUCAAAAUAAAAAUCUUGAUGGUUCAAAUACUACUGCUGAUCCUAUGGCAUUAAUGUCAAAAACUGAAAAUGCUAUCGGUGAGGAUUUACCUUAUAAGGAUGAACCAAUACUUAUUUUACCAAAUUUAUACCUUGGAUCUGAAUUAAAUGCGGCAAAUAGAACAAUGCUUAACAGAUUAAAUAUUGAAUUUAUUCUGAAUGUUGGUAAAGAAGUCGAGAAUCCUUAUUUGGAUGAAAUUAUAAAACAGAAUUCUCCAAAUAAUGAUAAUGAAAAUUCACCUUGUUCGUCAGAUUGUUCGGAUGAUAGCUUUAAAACCGCUAUACAAUCUCCUUUGAAUGCUUUCAAAGAUCUCGAUUCUCCAAUGGCUUCUCCUUCUCUUUUUGGGGGUAGUAGUGGAUUCAAUAGUAAUAGUAUUCAAAAACGUUCAUCGAUGUCACGUCCAACUUCAAUUUCUUUACAACUUGCUAAAAACUCAAUGCAAUCCGGUGUACCUCUUAUUGUUCCAUCAACUUCAGAAUUUAACUCCAUAAAAUAUAAAAAAUUUUUUUGGACUCAUAAUCAAGAAAAUUUAAUAUCUGACUUUUCCUCUGCAUUUUCAUUUAUUGAUGAGGCUCGUUUAUCUAAUAGAAACAUUCUUGUACAUUGUCAAUGUGGUGUUUCAAGAUCUGCUUCUCUAAUCAUUGGUUAUGUUAUGGAAGCCAAUAAGUUGACCCUCAACCAAGCCUAUGAAUUCGUUAAAGAUAGGAGUCCUUAUAUCAGUCCAAAUAUGAGUCUCGUUUAUCAAUUAGUGGAUUUUGAAAAGAUUUUGAAAUUAGGAUCUAAAAAUCUUAAUAAUGUAUUGCCUGGAACACCGACUAAAACCACUAAUAGACCAACUCAUUCCCGUACUCCAAGUAUAGAGAGUGAUCUACUCUUAAAAACUCAUCGUCGUAGCAGUAGCAUUUCAAGGAACAAUCCAGUAUUAAGUAUUAUUCCUGUUCAAAGUUCAUCUGAAUCUUUAUCUUCACCAAAGACACCAACUGUUAGUGAAGGAGGGACCACAAAUUUAUCACAACAAUCUACCGUGAAAGGUGGACCUGGAAGAUUUCACGUUAUAACAGCAUCUACCACUUCGGUUACUCCAUCUACCCUAUCUCCUGCCUCAUCCGUUUCACCCACAAGUACAGCAUCACCCACAACUCCAUCCAGUGAGCAAUCAUCUCCAACAACAAGAUUACGACUUUCUUCAAGAUCUUCAACUUUAUCACCAGAAAUUAAUCAUUCUUCCUUAACCGUCAAUUCCAAAAUCACCACUUCAACUAGGUCUCGAUCACCAUAUUCGUUAGAUCGUGUUCCUCUUUCACCAAAGGAAAUUACCAAUAUAAAAACAUCAACAAAACCAAUUGGACCAACAUCGGGAAUAUUCAGUAAAUCUACGAUGGAAAGUAUAUUUUCUCCAACAAGAACGUCUCCACCUAUUACACCAGUUACAAUUCCAAAUGUAUUUUUGGAUGAUGAAUAA